AUGGUAAGGGCUACGAGGAGUGGUCUUCGUCAACCUUCGACGUCAGAUCCUGGGAACCUGCAGGUUCCUCAUCCUAUCAGGGAAGAUCUAGAAGAACAGGAGCAGCAGAUGCCACAGAUCCCAGAUCCAGAGGCUGUGCACGUUAGUGAUUUACACUCAGAUUCAGCAUCAACUCCAGCGGUCAAUCCGGAUGCACCAUACGUACAAGGGUUACAACCCAUUGACGAUCCGAACGCGGUAGCUCCAGAUCCACAGGUGACGGAUUUGGCUAUGGCAGCAGUUCUUCGAAGGAUGGAGGAGUUGGAGCAGCGUAAUGAGCUGCAGCGACAAGCAGAUGCAAGACAGAUUCGGGAAUUGGAAGCUCGACUAUGGUGGGUUACCAACCCGGAUCCUGAGCGAGCCAUCACGCAGGUCAUGACUGAUCUACAGAUUACGAACCCACGGCAGGACAACCAGGAACAAACUCGGCGUCUAGCAAGAACUAACGCUGGCCGACCUCUACAAAUGGCGGCCAACCCGGGUUCCAAUCAGCAACAACGGCAGCCUUUAGGCCGAGGUAAUCCGGGUCAUCACCAGCAACCUCGGCACGAAGAGAUGCAGAGCACCCAUGAUGAGAUACGAUUGGCCGAGAGGAAAUAUAAUAGGGGACAGUAUAACGACAGUCCUUUUGCAUAUGAGAUUCUAGAAGCUCCAUACCCGGAGAAUUUGAACUUAUCCGAGCUGAUCAAGUAUGACGGAACGCAGGAUCCUCAAGUACAUUUAGAUGCCUUUGACACGGCUAUGUAUAUCAAGGGGAUAGAAGAACCCUUGAUCAUGAGGCUUUUUGCAACCACGUUAACUGGUGCGGCCCAGGCGUGGUUUUUGUCAUUACCAGCUGGGUCUAUCAGAUCAUUCGAAGAAUUUGGUGGACGAUUUUUGCUUAACUUUGCCACCAGUAAGAAGCAGCCGAAAUCAGAAUUCGCGUUGGGGAAGAUUAAAAAGCAACCUGGUGAAAUGCUGCAGAAAUACCUGGAUCGGUUCAAAUUGGCCGCCUUGCAGAUAGAGGUAGAGAAUGUAGACCAAAAACAUCAACCUGGACAUGGAGAAAAGCUCGGAGGUCGGCGAGCAAAUGAACUUCGAGGGAAAAGACAAGAUGACAGGUUUCAGCUCAGGGGGAGAUUCGAUAAAUAUGCCCCCCUAAAUUCUCCUCGGUCGCAAAUUUGGCGUGAGGUCGCCUCAACAGACAUGAAGAAGGUGGAAAGACCUCGACCAUUGCAGAACCCAGCUGGACUAGACCAUUCCCGAUACUGUGCAUUCCAUGACAGGUCGGGUCACACCACAGAUGAGUGCUGGGACCUCAAAGACGCCAUCGAAAGGUAUGUCAGGGAAGGGAAGCUGCGACAGUAUUUGAUCCGGACUCAAGGAUGGAGAAACAGAAAAAGGAGAGGGUGUCAGCUCAUGAGCCCCACCAAAGAUAAAAAAUUCAGAGUAGAAGGUCGGGGUAAGAAGCCGGCCAGGGAAGACGACGAGUUUCAGGAGCCGAAAUUCAAGUGUAAUGUGAUCAGCGGAGCUUUCGGUGGCGGGGGAGACACUAUGAACGCCCGACGAAAAUACUUGAGGGUGGUACUCUCAAUAAGGGAAUGCCUCAAGUUUAAAGAAGAAGAAACAGAGUCGCCGUUGUUAUAUUUCACAAAGAAAGAGCUGGAGGAUGUGAUGCCAGGGCAUGUCGAUGGCUUGGUAAUUACAGGAACGCUGGUCAAUUGCAGAGUUAAGAAGAUUUUUCUAGAUAAUGGAAGCUGCGCUGACAUAAUUUUAUGGCACGCAUUCAAAAAAAUGAAUUUGGAUGAGGAAGAUCUGAAGCCAUGUAACACGGCUUUAAUUGCGUAA